GACAAAUAUUUAUGUGUCAGUUGAGUUAGACUUCUCAUUCGGACCGGGAGGAACAUCACAACUCUAAGAUGGCUCAGAAUGAUUCUUAGGAAAAGCUAUACUCUCUAACCCGCUGCAGGAUGACAGAGGACCACUAUAGUACUCUUGGCCUCAGAAAGGGGGCCUCAGAGGAUGAGAUCAAGAAGGCUUAUCGGACACUCGCGAAACAGUGGCAUCCGGACAAAAAUCAUGAUGCCGGGGCCGAGGAAAGGUUCAAAGAAAUUGGCGCUGCGUACGAAAUAUUGAAAAGUCGCGACAGGCGGGAAAUCUGGGAGCGGGAGUACGAUUAUUCAAAACAAUCGAAGGAAACACCAAAAUCAAACCCAAAAGCCCCUGGUGGCAAAAAGAAUAACUAUUAUCAGUCAAAUUUCAAAACUUAUGCUAAUGAGGACUCUGGACCCAAAACGAAAGGAUCGUCUGGGAGAAGGUUUUCGUAUAGUUACGAGCAAGGACCAGGGCGGACGAAGUUUUCGUUUUUUUUCACGGAUAGUGACGAUGCGGAUAGCGAUACUGAAAACACGCCACGGCGGGAAAAAACAAAGUCGAAAGGCGGCAAGACGCCACGGAAUAAUCGUAGCUUCAGUUUUUCCGGCCCAGGCGGGAAAGGUGCGAAACCGGAGAAACCAAAGUGGGAUAAAGAUUGGAAUGGCACCGAGGAAGCGAGAAAGAACUAUAACAAUCAGCGACGAUUCUCGUUCAAUUUUGGUGUGUUUAAUGUGUUCAACGAUGGCGAAAUGGGCUUCAAAGCAUUCUUUAAGACGCCCUAUGAUUCAAAUUUUGACGAGGCGCCAUCUUUUGCAUUUAGUGACGAUGAAGAGGAUUUGGAGUCGGCGCGUCAAGAACGGAUCAAACAAUGGCGGGAAAAUUCGCAGAAGUUUGCCGGGAAGGAGGGAGAUCCUGAUUGGUAUGACUGGAGCCGUGGGGGUGAGGACGGUGAUUCGUAUGAUGAAGAUGAGGACUUGAAGACAUCGUGUUCCUACUGCGGUCGCACCAUGAAUUCGGAAAUGCUGCUGCGUCAUGAGUCUAAGUGCCGCGUGUUAAUGGGAGGAGAAUAUCACAGCAGCAACCAGGCCAACUGGCGGCUGAGGCACGAGGAGUUGAUCAACGCGUUACGACAAUCUCGGCGAGCAUCGAUGUCGGACAAGAAACCACCGACGCCACCGCCACCUAAUAAGAAUGAUUUGAUUACAUGCAAUUACUGUUUCCGUUCAUUCAACUACAAGGCUGCCAGCAAACACAUUCAGUUCUGUGAGAAGAAGACCAAGCAGACGGGCCGUCCGGAUAAUCCCCUGGGGAAAGGGGCCGAAGCCAGGGACUACAUGAGCAAGAACUACACAGCAAGGGAGUAUGCGAAGACAAUCCCCAAGCCCAACAGCCGGCGUGGCUCGCGAGUAGAAUCGGAGUUUGAGAUGGAGGACCUUGGCUCAGACAACGAAGCAGACAAUAUCAACUUUCAGAGGGAGUCGUCUUUCCCCGAUAUCAACCUCCUGGGCAAUGGCAAGCCGUUUAUGGAAUCUCCGUACCCGAAGACACGGACUGGUCUCCAUCCCACUGUGACGAAAAUAGAUUCGGGAAGGGCCCGCCGGAAUUCUAACACGAAGAGGCCGAACUCGACCUCGUCCACCACGAAGAAGACUGCAAGGAAGAAGAGUCCCAAGAUUGACGUGAAUAUGGAUCCCAACAAAAUGAAUACUGGAAUCCCAGGAAAUGCCGGCUGCAAUGAAUGUCAGAGGAAAUAUGGGAAAAAUAAGGCCAAGUUUAUUUGUAGCUGUGGUACAAAGAAGGCGCUGUGAGCAGUACAAAUGCUGGACGUUUGUAAGAUAGACAAUUCAAAAAGGUUUUUUAAAGGGGACCUAACAAUUUUGACAGAUUUUAAGUUGAUAUAAUAAUACAUUGGAACCUCCCUUAGCGGACACCUCUCUAGUAAGGACACCCUCUCUAUUGAGGUCACUAGUUGUGGACCCAAAGGAGUUGUUUCUAUUCAAUUUGACAUCUCUUAUCAGGACACCUCUGCAUUAAGGACAGCUCUUGACACUCCCAAAGGUGUCCUUAAUAGAGCAGUUCUACUGUAAUGAUAAACUUCACAAUCAAACCUGCCUCUGCGGAAAAUACAGAAAUUGUAACUAAUACAGGCUAACUUGCUUGACGUCGUUAACCAGAAAUGAUGACAUCAUUUCAUGGUGACGACGUCAUGUUGGGCAGCUUUUAAUUGCGCUUUCCGCAGUGACAUAUUUGACUGUUAUGUUUCUUAUCAUAUCAACUUGAGGAAAACUGUUAAAGUUGUCAGUUCCCCUUUAGAACUGGGUGCAAAGGUCAUGCACCAUUUGUUGAACAAAAUUUCAGUUUUUAUGCAUAAUCACUGGCAGAGACAUGAUUUGUUAAUGAUUUCUAAAUUGUUACGCAGUUUCUGAUUGGUGGAAGAAAUAUGUUCUGACCAAUAGUGGUGCUUGUUACAACUUGGUAGGAUUCAUGUUUAUGUGAUAUUAAGUUCAUUUUCAAUAUUGAUGGAUUGAUUCCGAGAGAUUCGUGGCCAGAAAGAGUAGACCUGACAGUCUGAAAACCAUGCAAGCUUUAGGUUUGCUGGAUAAACUUUGAGAGUUUGCUACUCAAUAAAAAAUAUUUAUUUAAUUAUUGUACUUAUACCAAACACAAGGGAGAAGAGGAAGAUAAAGGGUAAAAAUGAGGAAAAGGGAGAAUAUUUAGACAGUAGAACUUUGCUACUAAGGAGAUGAGCUCUUUUAAGGACACCCUCAGGACUGACAAGUGCUGUCCUAAAUAGGAAGUAUCCUGAUAAGAGAGGUCAAAUUGAAUGUAAAUAACCAAUUUGGGAUCAGAACUAGUGUCCUUAAUAGAGAGGUGUCCGCUAAGGGAGGUUCCUCUGUACAUUGCAAUGGUGAACAGGGUAAGUUCUUGUGUUCUUGUACUUCACAGAAAUGUAAAAAAAGCCACAAGUUAUUCCAGGUUUCACCGUUUUUAUAUGUAAAUUGAUACAAUAUUGUUGAUUGAUAUUUAAUUUUUUCGUCUGAACAAAGUUUCAUAGUUUCAACUUUUUUCAUUGCUCACUUGUGCUGUAUUGUAGUAAAGUUUUCAGGUAUUCAUUUUAUAGUCUUGUACAUUUUAUAGUAAUUUAUCAAGGCCAUAAUUCUAUAAAGAAUAAGAUAGUUUAUUAUAACAGUAAAUGUUCAUGCAAACUUAAAUCAAAAGUGAGUUUCCUCUUCUAGAAUAUUAUUUUGUGGGCGAUUAUAAGUCCAUUUUCUACUGAAAAGGCCAGUUUUCAAUUUUUAACAGUACUUAUUAAUGUAGCCAUUGUUAAACCUUCCGUCCAUAGUUGGUUCCUGAUGGCUACUGGGCAAGGUGAUGUCAAUAUAGACAACCAUGUUUUAACAACCCAUUAUGUCAUUCACCGACUUUUCUAGGUGCCCCCUCCUGCACCAUGCUAUUUUCAGAUGGAAAACCCGCUGUAAAGAGAUAUGAUGAGAAAGGGAAACCCUCAACCAUCUUCUGACAUCUAUAAUAUGGGAAUCUCUCAGCUGGUCAAAUGACAUCAUUAUAUGUAAAUACUAUUGCCAUGGUCAUUAUAUGUAAAUAUCAUUACCAUGGUUAACAUGGCGGUCUGUACUUAUGUCACCUUGCAAGCAUGGUGGCCGUCAGGAACCAUCUUGCUUCCGUCCAAAAAAGUUAUUGUUAAGUGUUAUAAAUAUUGUUACUUUUUGAAAUGUAUUUCUUGUCUACUUGUGAUUACAUGCACAAAUUGUGGUCGUUUUUGCCUCCAGUCACUGGAUUGUUCAGCCCCCUAGACUUAUGACAAGAAUAAAGUGUUCAGCAUUAAAAAAUUAGUUAUUGCGGGCAGCCUGCCUCAGUAUAGUCCUGACUUCGAAGAUUUGAACGCUGUCAAUAGCAGUUUAAAAUUUGACAGUUCCUCGGUUUACUUCAAAACAAUAUGAAAUAAGAUAACUGCAGGGACAGGUAUGAUUUGAAAUACAGAAAAUACAAGUAUUUUAAAAUUUAAAACAGGCAACAGAAGUAUGAGGCCUAGAGGGCUGAACAGCUAUGGGCAAAUUUUGUAGAUAUUUUGACAUGUUUACCAGUAAUUUAUGUUUUCACAAAAUAAUACAUGUAAUUUAUGCUCGGUUGCUUUGAUUAAAGUUGUCAAAUAGA